AUGCUGCGCGCCCCGAUCCAGACGACGAACUCGACGACCAAUACGUGGCUGCACCGGAAGCUUCAUGCCAUGUCGACCGUGCUAGCAGCUGCGCUCCAGCCCAAGCCGCAUGCGCUAACCCACGCAAAGAAGCUUCCGUACGUCGCCCCUGGCCGGUUCCUCGGCGCUGCGUUCGACGAGUUUGAUCUACCGAGCCCCGACAGCGCCUACACCACCGAUGAUGAAGACGACGACGAUGAGAUUCUGCUGUGGGAAGCACCACGACCGUCGAAACGCGAAGACAAGCCCGUCGACUACCGCUGGAUGUACGCAGCUGUCGAGAACGAGCUCAGCCAGAGCACGCGAGCCGUCGUGUACCCCGAAGCCUUCCUCGAACGACGCGCCUCCCAUGUCGACGAGCCCACAGCUAGCAACGCGUCCGUGCAAAGCCUCGUACCCUCCGACGGACACGCCCUGGACGACGUCCAACUUUAAGAUUCACCGCGAUCGCAUGUGUCGAUCCGUACUAUUCUACCACUUUAAAUUAAUACUCUGCGUGCUU